AUGAUCACAAUCACUAUAGUUCGUCAUGGCGAGUCGACCGACAACCUCCGCCCAGUGUGGGCUGGCUGGGCCGAUGCACCGCUGUCAAACCACGGCAUGAACCAAGCCAAGGCUGUCGGCGCCUCGUUCGCUGACAUUCCUAUCGACGCAGUCUUCGCUUCCCCGCUGAAGCGUGCGCACUGGACCGGCCAGCAGAUCCAGCUUCAGAACAAGUCUGACCCUCCGCUGACUGUCUCACCGUUGCUGCGCGAGCAAGGUUUCGGUGUCGCCGAGGGCCACUUCUUUGCUGGCGACGACGUGAAGUACGUGCGCCACCCAGGACGCACGUUCAAGUUCCCCGAGGGUGAGAACCUCGGCGACGUGCGCAAUCGCGCGAACGAGGCUAUCAGGCUGUUCGUCGAGGAUGCGCUGCGCGAGUCGUAUGGUGCCACUCCGGACUCCAAGCAUCUCGUUUUCGUGGCGCACGGCAUUUUCAACUAUGAGUUCCUUAGCGCCUUCCUGACCCGUCGACCGGAGGGCAUCGACUCGCACUGGGCUUACAAGGGCAUGACGAACACCGGUUGGACGCGACUGCAUGUCGGAUACGCCGGCGAGGCGACCGGUCAGCCGCUUGAUUACGACAACCUCCCUGGGCUGCCGCCUCUCACCGUGGAAAUCUUGGCAACGGAUGUAACAACCCACCUCGAGGGCGUAGAGCGGCAGGGCGGCGGCAUCGGGUCAUCAGGCUUCGACGAGAAGCAGCAGGAGAUCCGGGCCUUCUUCAGCGGCGCCCACGCCGCCGAGUAGAGUAAUGCGAAUGCAGCUAGCGUCUAUUCGUCGAAGUCCUCCUCGCCCGCGAGGAUGCCCUCCAACCUGCGAGCGUUGAAGUCGCGCCGCAGCGCUGCAAUGACGUUGUCCAGUCCGUCGCCGUCCAUAAUCUCCCUCAAGCC